AUGAGUUCGGGAGCUGUAUCGGAUUGGUCGGUCACAGGAACUCCAAUAGGUAAUAUCUCAGUCCCACAAUACAGAGUCAAUGUAUCAGAUCAAGCAAUCGCGAAUAAUUCUGUAGUAACUAUCCUGGAUACCGAUUACACCGGAUUCACAAUGCUUUACAUGUGUCGUCAAGUCAACGAGAUUCACUUGAUUAAUCUCUGGUUGCUGUCACGUGACAGGAGACUUAGCUUUAGAACUUGGAGAAGGCGCUGGUGGGAUGCGUUCUCAAACGGCCUGCCAAUAGGAGUUAUGCGCGGCGUUCGCCAGAGAAACUGCCCUGUCUCAGAUUAA